GCUACCCUGCCCACUUCCGGUUGUGCUGAGCUCCGCGGCAAGGUGGCGGCCGCCACAGCCCGGCGGGGGGGGCUCGGCCCCGGUUCGGCCCAACGACCCGCAAGGACGGAGCCAGAUACGGUACUGAGAGCAGCGGGGCCGCCCCCCUGAGAGGUUUAACAUGUCAUCUUCUAUUGCUUGUCAUCUUCACCUCAGGGAACAGAUUCCAUCAGAUAUGACUAUGUGAAUAUCCUAGUGCAGCCCAAAGGAAGGACAUGAUGUCAGAAUAACAUACGAAACAAUUGUGUGGGCAAGUCCAGAGAACCAUGCAGUCAUCGGGGCACAGAUUCCGUGAUGUUGAGCACCACCCACUUCUUGCUGAAAAUGACAGCUAUGAUUCCUCAUCCUCAGAGGCCGACAUGGCAGAAAGGGUUUGGUUCAUCCGAGAUGGCUGUGGUAUGGUCUGUGCUAUAAUGACAUGGCUUCUGGUUGUCUAUGCAGACUUCGUAGUGACUUUUGUCAUGCUGCUGCCUUCCAAAGACUUUUGGUACUCUGUGAUCAACGGUGUUCUCUUUAACUGCUUGGCAGUGCUAGCUUUGUCAUCACAUCUGAGAACCAUGCUAACCGAUCCAGGGGCUGUACCCAAAGGAAAUGCCACUAAGGAGUACAUGGAUAAUUUGCAACUAAAACCAGGAGAAGUGAUCUACAAAUGUCCGAAGUGCUGUAGUAUCAAACCUGAACGUGCGCACCAUUGCAGCAUUUGCAAACGAUGCAUUCGAAAGAUGGAUCACCACUGCCCUUGGGUGAAUAACUGCGUGGGGGAGAAAAAUCAGAGGUUUUUUGUUUUGUUUACGAUGUAUAUAGCCCUAAUUUCAGCUCAUGCUCUCAUACUGUGUGGGUUUCAGUUUUUCUCCUGUGUCCGAGGGCAGUGGACUGAAUGCAGUGACUUCUCCCCACCUGUAACUGUGAUCCUGAUGAUCUUCUUGUGCCUUGAGGGUUUUCUGUUUCUCACUUUCACUGCAGUCAUGUUUGGCACCCAAAUCCACUCCAUAUGCAAUGAUGAAACGGAGAUUGAAAGACUGAAGAGUGAAAAGCCAACGUGGGAGCGGAGACUGCGGUGGGAAGGAAUGAAAUCUGUUUUUGGGGGUCAGCCUUCACUCCUGUGGAUCAAUCCUUUCGCAGGAUUUAGAAUCAGACAAAUCCUACUGAGAUCAAAGAAAGGAGGACCUGAAUUUUCUGUUUGAGUCUACUUAUGCUGGAACUUGCAAGAAUACUAUAUAAUAUUUAUUUGGGGCCAGAGAAGGCUGUCUACGUAUAAUCUGUGACCAGGUGAGACUGAUACCAGACAUUUGCUUGUAGCAAGCAGAGUUUUAUACGUUUAUUGUCACAGACAUCUCAUUAACUUUCAGAGACACAAACUGGAUCUGUAACGGUCUUAACAGCAAGAUAACAUAGAAAAAAGCACGUGGUCACACUAAAGAAGCCAAAUGUUGUCAUGCUACUGUAAUUUAUUUUUUGAGAUUAAUUAUGCAUUUUCUUUUUGUUAAACCCUUUUUAUUUGAUAAAUGUUUGGGGAAUUACCAGUGUGUUUUUUUUCUAAGAAAACUAUAUACUUAAGUGCAGUUGUCAAUCAUAAGGAGAAGCAUUCUGGUGAAAGGUGAUCUCAUGUGAGACCCAGCUUUCUAAAUCCAGUUUUCAGGGAAUAGGGGUUCGUUCAGUUUUGAUUUGUAUUUCAGCUUGUCCUAAUAAACAGAGCUAUACUUUUGUGUCCCACCUCAGACACACAUUCCUUAUAUGCAAGUGAUUCAAGGGACUUGUGCACAUGACAGCGUAACAUGUCAGAGGCACUGUUACACCCCUGCCAAAUGUCUUCCCAGGCUCACAGAAGCAUGUCUUGUGUUUGGCAGUAUUAAUCUCAUGUGGCGUUUAGGUAAGUUCUCAGUCUUCAGUAAAUGACACUUCUAACAGCUGAGGGCAGAAUUCUGCCCUCUGAUAUGCAUCUUCAGUUCUCGUGCAUUGAUUCUAGAGGAACUUAAGUAUGAAGAUGUUCUGAAGUUUGUAUCUUGUCCUCUGAGUGGGGAUAACUGGGGCCAGUGACUGUUAUACUGAAAAACACUGCAGAUUGGCAUCAAUCUACUCGGAACACUUGUCUUUGUAAGGUCUUGUUCUGCUCUUUUUUAUUGUACAGACUUUUCCUGGAAGGAAUACUGUUAACUCAAUGGUCCCGUGAACAAAAUGGUCCCAUGAGCAGAGAACUCAGAAAAACAAGGGAAGUUCCUUUAGUGCUGACACAGCUUGCCUCUUUCUCAAGUACAACAUGUCUUCAAAGUAGAAAAAUCUGCAAUAAAGGGAAUUAAUUUUA